AUGUAUCCCGUAUAUCUACUUGGCUUCGUGGAAUUCUCGCCCACGCCAGAGCCAGAAGACGAUCGGGAGGACGAGGAGCAGCCGCAGCCGCAGCCACAACAGUUUGACGGGCCAGCGCGUCGAAAGAAGCUCGUACCGAAGCCCAAGACCAUCGUUCACUCGGCGCCUAGCCAUAACGGCAUCCCAGCCUUCGUGGCAUACUCAGUCCCUGCAGACACCCCGGACAAUGCUGACAUGACUCCCUUGCGCCCAGCGUACGCCUACGUCUUCUAUGACACUUCCCCAGGCGCUCUCAACCUAGGACGCGCUAAGGACCUAGCCCGCUCUAUCUUCGACGGCAAUAAAAACAACCGCAACGGACUGCCAGAAAGAAUCGAGGUCUUUGCCAUCCCUCUCCCACCUCCGUCCGAGACCAGGAGCCUGUAUCCCGCUGAGGAGCUGGGGCUUGACCUCGUCCUCUCACAAGAGAGCCCCUGGUAUGCCCGUAUUACCAAGCGCGUGUCGCAAGAUCCCCAGGACGCACACUGCCUCCAGAACGCCGCCGCUUGCAUAAACCAUUACGAGCGGGAAGUCCAGAGCCGCCUGGCUAUUCCGGAUAGGGCAGAGGCGUUAUCGUGGUACCUCCCAGAAGGGUUCGGCGACUUCUACUACACCCGUCACAUCAUUAUUGUCGACAGGCUUGAGGAUGAACCCAAGAACCCGCCCGGGCCUACCCGUUGGCAGGACACGCUCGCCUGGACACACACUCUCCCAAGCGAGCAACGGAACCCUGAUAUAAACAGGGCAGAGAGGGCUGAUAGCAGCUCGUACGGAAGAGGGCUGAUGGUCAGUUGGCGCCUUCGCGAUCAGGACGAGGACGAGGACGAGGACGACGAAGCGCCGCCACUCAUCUGGGGCAAGGUCGCGUUUGAGAUGUUAGGAAAGUCGGCGUUGAUUUUCUCCCGAUAUGGGGUAAAUAUCCUCUAUGAGCAUUUCAUCCCCAACGGCGUAUUCGAUUUUGAAAGAGAGAAGGCUCGUGAGCGAGGAGCAGAUGAUGGGGUGGACUUACCGAUGCAGACUAGACCCUUCGCUCGCCUUUACCGUCGGGCAGGGUCGCCAGCCUAG